AUGCUUGGCAGUGCACGCAAUCGGCGCAAUGAGAGCGGUGGGCCCUUGGGUAUACUUGUCCAGGGCGCUGCUGCCGGUGUCGGUCUCGCCUCAGAAAGCAUACAACACCACAAAGAAAAGAAGAGAGCUCAGAAGCAGCAGGAAGAAUUGCCUAGUACGACUGCGCAUGCCAACUCACAGGACGAGGGAGAGCGUGGCGAGACUUUUACCAGGGGGGAUGAUGAGACCGAUUGGCAGCUCGAUGAAGCACAGGAGGAUCUUGCUGGAGAAGCAAACCGAAUAUCGAGCACCCCGAGCACUCCAGGCGAGGUCUCAGCAUUGGCAGAUGACUUCAUACGCACUCACCAACUUAUAGAGCUACCAGUCCCUCCUACUGGGCGCCUCGACUUGCCUGUGGUAAUCACCCAACGCCGGCCGAAGGCGCGAACGCGUGGGUUUAUCCAAGCCUACGCACCGCUCUUUGACAACGUUGGGAUCGAUCAGCCAGCGUUCCUUGACUUCCUAGACAAGCUGAACAAGGCCGUCCAACCUAACCCAUGGCUCCAGGCGAUCAACCUGGCUUCACUGGCAGCACAGCACGUGCCCGAGCCUGUUACAAUCGCGGUCUCGAUCGCGACGAAGAUGGCGGCAGAUGCUGCGUCCGAGAUACACAGUCGCACCAAGACAAACAGUUUCCUUGACAAGAUUAACGAAGAGUACUUCAAGCCGAAAGGAGUGGUCGCGUUACUAAUGACGUGGAAGCCACAAGAUCCUUCAAUUGUCACGACUGUUGAUUUUGAUCUGGGUUCAACCAUCGCGAAUACUUCGACAGGAAGUGGAGGGAUGUUUGGGAAGAUCCAGGGCCGUAUGAAGUCCUCUUCCGCGACCAGUAGCUUCGAGUUCCCGGAGACGGCGCCACUGGUCUUCCCGAGGCUUGACGCUCUGGCUUCCUCGACACCCGAGAACCCAGAGGCAGAGGCCAAGAAGCAGAACGCCAUCAAGCGCAGCGGCACCUUUCUUACCGAUUAUUUCGACCGGCGGGCCGUCGCGAAGUGGUCCGGCGACAACCCGGAGAGUAACAUGGCGAACCUAGCUCCCAAGCCUGAUUUCCGCUCCCGAUACGCAGACCCCAGUCACCCUGCGUCCAGUGGCGAUCUCCUGGCUUUCGUCACGGGAGGGAAGGCCUCUACCGGCAAGAUUCGGAAUUGGGAUGUGCUGUAUCUCAUGAUUGUCAAUCGACCUAGCGAGGAGGAGAUUAUGGAAGCAACAUCUGCCCUUGGUUAA